AGAAAAGUAAAUAAUGUUUACACGGAUACCCUGGUUCAGGUUGCAGACAGAUGGCGAUGAAAAAGAGUUGUUGGAACGAAAUUGUCGGAGUGUCAAAGUAUUGAAGAAAAAUCGUGAACCAGUGAAAAAUUUGAUAUAAUCAAAGUUAUUUAAAAUACUUACACUGAAUAAUGUUAUAAUAUAAUGAUUAUAGUAUUUAAUGAUAUGAGUAAAGUGUAUAUAUUCAAUAUAUUUUGGAGUGUGUUGGCUAAUGGGCGAAGUCACCAAGUGAAAAUUUCAGUGAAGCAGAUUAAUUAGCUAUAAAAAUCAAUAUUAAAUUAAUAUAAAAAAUAACAAUAAAUAACGUGCAAAAGUGCUAAGCAAAUAAUUUACUAUUAUACCGGUUAAAGUCAAUUCGUCGAUUUUUCUACUCUGAAAAAAUUGUUAUAAUUAACGAGCACCGCCCUUAAAUAGUGUACCAAGUACCGAGUGUUGAUGCGAAUACAUAAAUAGAGUUCUUUGAAUUUUUAUUCAAACAAUCUAGGACAAUAUAUCUGGAUUAACAACAAUAAUUUUUGGCAUAUCGGCGUAAUGUUAUUACAUUAAAAGGCUGGGACUGUGCGAAAUUGCUUUUCGAUAAAAACCGAAAAUUGUCUCCGCAAUGAAUGAACUCAAUUGGCAACGCGUCAGACUAACCGAGGGCAACAUUGAAACUAUUUUCACUUAUACUCAGGAGCCAAAUUGCCGCCGUUGUGAUUAGCAUCAUCCAUAAAUCUAGUGAGAACCCGUAGGACGACGCCUCCUCCGCGCUUAGAGGAGCACUGGAAUGUUGGAAUAUCCCCAACGAUUUGCUCGCAAUAUCCCCGAUUCCUCAACGGCGAGUAACGUACCGAUAAAUCAACAACAACAUCAACAUCAAUUACACCAUCACAAUCAUAAUCACCAGCAAUCACAUAAACAACCACACGUAUUGAUAGGCAGUAGUAGUGGUGGUGGCUUAGUCGGUGCCCACUACCACCAACAAUAUCCACUUCAGCCAUAUCCAGCAACACCGGGUUCGCCAGCACAUCAACAUCGGCAUACACCACAACAACAACACGCAACAGCGAUUGCCGUGGCCGCCUCAUAUCAACCACGCUCACAGUCGCAACAGCAGCAGCAGCAACACCAACGCACCCUGUCGACCGCAUCCAGUUGUAGUGCACAGCACAAGAGCGUGACCUUCGGUCAAGUGACGGCAGCGUCAAAUAUCGCCGGAUACCCAGGCGAUUACAGCGGCGGCAGCAGCAGCGGUAACUCCAGUUGCGGUCAACAAUCAAUGGCGGGCAACAUGAAACACGGCAAAUCACAAGAAGACGUUUGCUACGUUGUAGCCAAAUACGAUUAUGCGGCGCAAGGUGCGCAAGAAUUAGAUUUGCGAAAAAAUGAACGCUAUUUACUGCUAGACGAUUCGAAACAUUGGUGGCGUGUGCAAAAUAAUCGCAAUCUGUCAGGUUAUGUGCCUAGCAAUUAUGUGAAGAAGGAGAAACCGUCAUUAUUCGAUAGCAUUAAGAAAAAGGUGAAAAAAGGCUCUGGUUCGAAAACAUUACCAAAUUGUUCCCCCUCAAGACAAAUUGAAAGUCCAACAAUGUCGCGGCGUUUACCACCAGAUCCAGCCGAAGCUAUUGGCACUGCAAUCGUUAAAUAUAAUUAUCAAGCCCAACAGCCAGACGAACUGUCACUGAGCAAAGGAACACGUAUCCUCAUACUCGAAAAGUCAAACGAUGGCUGGUGGCGUGGCCAGAGUGGAAAUGCCGUCGGAUGGUUUCCAAGUAAUUACACAACUGAGGAUUGUGAUAAUGACGGUGAAAUACACACAUAUGCCAUGGCGGAGAAUGUGCUGGACAUUGUGGUCGCGCUUUAUAGUUUCUCAUCGAACAAUGACCAAGAACUGUCAUUUGAGAAAGGUGACAGACUCGAAAUUGUCGAUCGUCCAGCAUCUGAUCCAGAUUGGUAUAAGGCAAGAAAUAAUCAAGGUCAAGUCGGUUUAGUUCCACGCAACUAUCUCCAAGAGUUAAACGAUUAUCUAGCUACACCGUUCCGCAAUAAUAGCGGUGGCAACGGCAAUGGCGGCGGAGGCGGUAGCAGUGGCGGUGACUCAAUCGAUCGUCGCAAUGACGGCAUGUCAGCACAAUCGUCACCACCUAUGGCACCUAUGGAAAGGCCAAAUUUGGCUGGAAAAUCUUGGUAUUAUGGCGCUAUCACCCGUAGCCAAUGUGACACAGUAUUGAAUCAACAUGGACAUGAUGGUGAUUUCCUUAUACGAGAUAGUGAGACUAAUAUGGGUGAUUAUUCGGUUUCUCUUAAGGCGCCAGGCCGCAAUAAGCACUUCCGUGUACACGUUGAGAAUAGCAUGUACUGCAUUGGCCAACGUAAAUUUCACACACUAGAUCAAUUAGUAGAUCAUUACCAAAGAGCACCGAUUUAUACGAAUAAGCAAGGCGAAAAAUUAUAUUUGGUACGACCGUUACCAAAGGCAAACGGCACGUAAGCAAACUACAUUUGCGGCAGCAGUUUGGCAUAAUCCUCGUUAUGCCAAUACAUUACAUUCAUCAGAAAAAAAUAUACGCAACUAAAUAGUAACACACAACUCAUAAAUAUAUAAAUAUUCAUCGAUACUGGGCAUUUUAGGAAGUUUGCUGAUGUUGCUACUACUGCUGCUACUACCGUCUCGCGGUAUCACCGCAACAAAUUUAAUAUAAUUAUAUAAUUUUACCGAUAUACAUAAAUGUAAUGAAAUAUACAACAUUACUUAUAACGAUUAAUGUGUAAAUGAAAAGCCACAGCAAGCGCUAAAACAAAGUAAGCAAAUUUAAAAACAAUAAAAAAUAAAAAUAAAGCAACAACAAACAUGAUAACAAUUAGAAAGAGAUGAGUAUCGUCAAAUUAUCACAAUUUAAUGCGAAACCUUUGCUAUUUUAAGCUUUAAAGAGCAAAUUAAAUAACGUAGAAGCGACUACCAAAAUACGAAAAAUUAAAUUUAUAUAUUAUACAAUAUAUACAUAUAUAUUGCAUAAAUUUAUGAAUCAAUUAAUGGAUACAAAUAUAUAUAUAUAUAUAUAUAUAUAUAUAUAUAAAUGAGCGUAAUAACUGGCACUUGCAUAUUAUGGUAUUAUAUAUUUUAGUUGAUAAUUAUUACCAUAGUUAUUAUCUUCGAUUAUUUGUUCUUCUUCAACUCUAAUGAAGACAGUUUUGAAGAAAGCAAGCACGGAAAAAAGCGGGUUAAUUCGAGUUAAGUUGCUAACAAUUUUCAAGUAGCCAGCAUUUUCGACAAUAUUUGUUCCAGCGCUACAUUACGCGCUGCAAAAUGUGAACGUGUGCGCACUGAAAUCUCAUUGUUUAUUGCAAACAUAUUUAUAGAUAUUUAUAUUAGAUUUAGAAGAAGCGAUUGAUUUUAAACAUCAGAUAAGUUUUUUUACAAUGUACAAGUGAAAAAAUAUUUUGGUUGUUGCUAAAACUAUUUUAGGUAGAUAUGAAAACACAAUUUUUGAGCUUAAUUGACUUAAAUUAAUGCUUCACUGUUUAUGGGCGCGAGUUUGAGAGCAUUUUUUAAGCGCGAAAUUUGUUGUAAAUAUUUGUAAUUAUUAAACAUACUAUUUGGAGUAAUAUUUUCGAAAAUAAAGUAGCAUUUUCCUAUAUUCUACAAAAGAAUUUUAUUACACAAAGUGCUUGUCGAUUUUUUAAAUUUUUAAAAUACUCAUACUUAUUGCUUUGUUAAUUUUCAUAUGAGAUAACUUGUUUUGUAACUUGGAGAACGCAAAUGUCCUUAUUGUUUUAGUUAUUUUAUGUACAUAUAUAUGAUGACUACUCGAAAAUUUAGUAUUGGAUCGUAAUUUGUUCUUACAUGCCUGCAUUCCAAGAAAAGGGCUAUGCAACUAUUUGAAGCUUGUUUUGUCACUGAAAUGAGAAACAUUGCAGCAAAUAUUUGUUAAAUUUUCUUCGAACAAUCAGGGUUACAUCUACGAUAGAAUUCAUUUGUAGCGAUGGAUUGCGUACUUUUUUGAUUGAUAAAAUACCGAUAUAUAUACCGAUCCAAAUUAUGGAACAAAAUCGCAUACUUUUCCUUGUGUAAUAUUAAAAUGCUCAAGCCAUUUAGUAGGUGAAAAAUUCAAUAGUUUUCUUUCUGCACUCUCUGAUGGUUUAGUGAAGUCUAACUUAACAAAAUGUGAAUAUAAUUUAGUGAAAUGGAAUCUAAAAUAACGUUUAAUAUGAUUUUCACUACAAAAAAAUGAAUGCUUUGAAUGCUAAUGUAAAAUAAAAUAAGUAUAUUAUACAGUAAAAGCUUUUAAGGAAAGGUCUGAUAUGAAGUCAUGUAUAUCCACAAAUAUAAUUACCAUAUAUCAUAAUUACAAAAGACAAAAAAUCAUACCAUAUGAGAAAUUAACAAAAUAAUAAACGUAUGAGGCCAGAGACUUUGCAAAAAUGUGCUAAGAAACGAAAAAAGAUUUUAAAGGGUUUGUGAUUAUGCUGGUUCGAAUUUUUCUAACUUAUCAGUUGCGCCACUUAAGUAAAAGAAAAAACAAACGAAAAAUUCUUUUACAAAACACAAUUUCAAAAAUUAUCAGCUAUUUAGUCCACAAAAAAACCGAGUUUUGCGUACUUACAAAUAGCUCCCUUUAUUUUCGUACAGCUUGCACAGACAUACUAGUAUGUAGUAAGCUAUAUAAAGUAAAUUGAAAAAUAAACAAUACUUUAUAUAUACAUAAACCAUAAAAUAUUGUAACAUGUACACUAUAAUAUGCAAAUAAUAUAUGUAUGAAAUUUCAUUACUAUUAUAAAUUAUUCAAAAACAUAUAUUAUAUAAAAAAUAAAACACUGAAAAAAUGAAGUAAACAUAUUUUAAAUAGAACAGACUAACGUAGGAAAAUAAAAGUAAUGAUUAUAUAAACAUAUAUAUAUGUGCUGUACUAGUAUGUGUAAAUGUCAUUCGUGGUCUCAUGCACCUAUGUAUGUAUGUACGUAGCUGCUCAGCUCUGUAGUCAACUAUUUAGCACUAAAACAACUGAGCAACUGAGCAACGGAGCGCCAAAAUCCGGUAAACACUUUCGAACCAGCCCAGCUGCUUCCUUUUAUUAUUAAAUGUACUAAAUUAUUAUAUUAUAAAUAUAAAAAUAAAUAUUAUAUAAGUAAUACGACAAAAAUAAUGCUCUAAAAGUCCCACUUGCGAAUAUAAAUAGUUUAAUUCUUAACUUUUUAAAUUUAAAAUAUUUAAAAAAGUAAUUAUUAUAAGACAGAUAAAAGAAUGCAGACGAUUACUGCAGAGUGUUGGAACUUUAAAUAUGGAAGAGAUAUGAGUUUCAAUAAUAAAUGACGAAUAUUUAGAAGAAAUAAUAUUAAUUUCGUAAGUAGCUUUUUUAAUUUGUUUUAACUUUUCACUGUGUUCAGAACGAAGUAAAUAGUCAUUAUUGAUUGUAUGCCAAUAUAAUGCAUACAAAUAAAGUUAUUUAUGUUCUUUUUAAUGUUUUAAUUUAAAUAUAAAGCUCUAUAAUUGUACUCCUCUGCCUCAUAAGUAUAAAGAAUAUUCCCAAACGAAAUCUCUUCAUUGCCGAAUUUGCGUUUAUAGCCAAGCGCUAUGCUUCCAUUUCUUAAGAAUGUCUUUUUUCAUCAAAAUAUUAGGAAAGUCAUAAUAGUUCGGCGCUCUUGGUUAUAUGACCAUUUUUUUUCGAACCAUUCACGUAGAUGUGCAUAUUGUGACCAAGAGCUCAACUGACUUAAUAAUAGUGCCGCAAGCAGUAUAAAAUAGUCGUUUAGAAAAAUUUCAUCAUUCACUAUGUGCUGCACUUGGGUAAGUUACUUAUUCUUGCAUAUCUAUUGCUUUCUCUAUAUAUGUAACCAACAUUUUUAUAUUUUUAUGUAAGUAUUGUAAAUUUUUUUUUAUUUGUUAAAGAAAAUUUGUAAGUGAAUGUAAAACAAAAUAAAUAUAAAUUAAUGAAUACACAAUUAAUAUAAUAAAUAUUAUUAAAUGACACAGUAAACCGAAUUAGUACCAUGUGUAGUUGUACCUUUUUUCUACUUAUUUAAUAUGCGCAAUUUUUUACUUUGAAUAAUGAACGGAAAACAUGAAAACUAUAAAAAAAAAAAAACACACACACAU